AUCUCUCAGAUUCCCAAUAAGCACCUCAAUCCUUACUCCAUUGACUCUCUGCCUCCCCAUCUCUCAGUCACAGAUACGGAGUCGCUGAUGUUACCCGCCCUCACUUCGUCACAGUGUCUGUUCUCCCUUGGUGGACAACUCGUACGUAGAAGACGAAAUCCUGCUUGGCCCCCCUCUCGCUCAAUCGCUCAAACAACCUCACUCCCUCAGUAGUUUUCAAUCGUACAAGUCUUAUCUGCUUCCUCCCCACUUAAUUGAUAGUUCUGCAAGUUUUGAAGUGCUUGUGAUGAUGGCUUUGUCGUAUCAAGAAUGAUGAAGACUUUGUUCCUUCCUUACCAAGUAUUACACUUUUCAUCUAAAAAAUUUGAAGCGCAUAAGCGCCUGUAUUCUAAAGGACCAAAGACGGAGCUUACUAUUACACAACCUGAUGACUGGCAUCUUCACCUUCGUGAUGGUGACCUUCUCAAAGCUGUAAUCUCUUCCAGUGCAAAGCAUUUUGGAAGAGCAAUAGUUAUGCCAAAUUUAAGGCCACCCAUUACUACCACAGCUGCUGCUUUGGCUUAUCAAGAGGCCAUCUUGAAAGGACUGCCUAGAGACAGCAACUUCAGUCCCCUGAUGACCCUUUACCUAACAGACAUGACAAGCCCUGAUGAGAUUAAAGUUGCAAAAAGAAGUGGUGUUGUUUAUGGUGUGAAGUUAUAUCCUGCUGGUGCUACCACAAACUCUCAAGAUGGCGUUACAGAUCUUCUUGGAAAAUGCCUUCCUGUUUUAGAGGAGAUGGUUCAGCAGAACAUACCAUUAUUGGUUCAUGGGGAAGUCACAGAUCCAAGUGUUGAUAUUUUCGAUAGGGAAAAGGUUUUUAUUGAAACAAUUUUAGAGCCUUUACUUCAAAGGCUUCCACAGCUGAAGGUUGUAAUGGAGCAUAUUACUACCAUGGAUGCUGUUAACUUUGUAGAAUCUUGCAAAGAAGGUUAUGUAGCUGCAACUGUUACACCACAGCAUCUUCUUCUGAACCGCAAUGCUCUGUUCCAAGGUGGCUUGCAGCCUCACAAUUACUGUCUUCCAGUGCUCAAAAGAGAAAUCCACAGACAGGCUAUUGUCUCUGCUGUUACUAGUGGAAGUAAAAGGUUUUUCCUUGGAACUGAUAGUGCACCUCAUGAAAGACAUAAAAAAGAAUGCCCUUGUGGAUGUGCUGGCAUAUACAACUCCCGUGUCGCUCUAUCACUCUAUGCCAAGGUCUUUGAAGAGGCUGGUGCGCUCGACAAGCUGGAGGCCUUCACGAGUUUUAAUGGACCAGACUUCUAUGGCCUUCCGAGAAACAGCUCAAAGAUUAAACUGAGGAAGGCUCAGUGGAAGGUGCCUGAAUCUUUUUCCUUUCCGUUUGGAGACAUCAUCCCCAUGUUCGCCGGUGAAACACUUGAAUGGGAGGCAGUCCUUUUUUGAUUGAUCCAUGUCCUCUAUCGAAAGUUCAUUGUCUUUCUGAGAAUAAAGGGAGUUCAUUUAAUACAACGGGACAUCCAUAAAGUUUCAUGCAAGUCUCCCAUUUAACAUUAGCUUGUCGAGAUUUAACAAGCCUUAUGGGAGUGACUGCAAUAUUCCCAAUCAUUCUACAAGCAAGACUAAUUAUAUUUUUUGUGAAAGAUUGUAAUAUGAUGAUGGAAGAUAUGUUUUGUUCCCAAACUAAAAGCAUCAUUAGCUUAGUUGGAAAGGCGUAGAAAUAUUCUGCCUUUAAAAUUCUAUUUCAGCAUAUCGUCAUAAUUUUUCGAUGAAAAUAAUCCCAUUGGGUUUUGAUAGUUUCAUGAUGUAAACUCUACUAUCUGACAGCUGAAUGAACGAAAUUUGUUUUGGAGUUCCUUCUGAAAGCAGCCAUUUCAAUCAACUGAUGACAUGCGGUACAAGAAGUUGACGGCGCCACACCACACCGCAUCUUUAAGCUUUCUUCGCCGAGGUUAAUGUAAUUUGCUAUUUUGUUCUUUGAUACAGAAAUUGUCUUAUUAUUUUAUAAAUAUAAACUAAAGCGUGACUUUUUGUUUUA